AUGGACGAGGCAAAGAUCCCUACCGAGUCCGAUGGGAUGGUCGAUACCGACGUACCGUCGUCGGCACCGUCAACUUCACCAUCCCAGAUCAUCAAAAUGGAGCCAAUUGCAGAUAGUGUUCGAGAUUUUCUGAAAACGCGCCAGCCUGUUAUCCCCGACCACACCGGCGUGGUCUUUGACAACAUAUCGGCCGUGGGAAGCGGCACCGGAUCAAAAGAUGCACCCACGGUCAUGUCAGCGGCCAAGUCGGCCUUUGGGCUGUUAAGUCCCCUACAGAACAGAAAAAGCAGACAGUAUUCUCGACCCAUCCUUAGUGGAUUCUCGGGCACAAUUGAGCCUGGAGAAAUGUUAUUAGUACUAGGAAAGCCGGGGAGUGGCUGUACAACCUUUCUCAAAGCCUUGUCGGGAUUGUGGGACGAUCAUAAUUGCUGCCUGUUAUUUGGAUACAAACUGACAGAAGAUUAUCCUAUAGCUGAGUCGGACGACCACUUUCCUACAUUGACCGUUGCGGAGACCUUGCGCUUUGCGAUUCGAGCACGCUGCGGUUCCCAUUUCGCGGCCGCUCAAAUUGAGACUAUGGUAGCCCAAUUGGCAAAGCUAAUUGGUCUUGAGAAUGUUCUCGGCACCAAGGUCGGGGAUGCGAAGACACGAGGAGUCAGUGGAGGAGAACGCCGUCGGGUGUCUUUGGCAGAAGCCCUGGCCACCUGUGCUCGCCUGAUAUGCUUGGAUAAUCCGACUCAUGGCUUGGACUCAUCUACGGCGGUCGAAUUUAUGGAGAUGAUGCGCGAGUGGACGACCCAAAGUCGAUGUGUAGCUGCAAUGAGCGUCUAUCAAGCCAGUGAUGCAAUUACCAACUACUUUAACAAAGUUCUAGUCAUCAAUUCUGGUCGCCAGAUCUUCUACGGUCCGGUCGAAGAGGCGAAGGCAUAUUUCGAAGAACUUGGGUUUGACUGCUUAUCCACCACAACUGUCGCCGACUUUCUCAACAUGAUGUCCGCCGAUCCAGACGUGAGAAGGGCCCACGAAGGCAGAGAGAACCACAUUCCACGGACUCCAGAAGAAUUUGAGCGUUCCUUCAAAGGGAGUCGAUUUCAUCAGGAAUUGCACGUAUCGGUACAGGAGGCCAGGGAACGAUCUCAAGCCCAACCAAAUCCUCUCAUUAAAGCACCAGCUUUUGCUCUACCUAUCUGUCAUCAGGUUUGGUACUGUGCAGGCCGUCAAUUUCGCAUUGUCACCAGUGACUACAGCUUGUGGGCGGUCGAGCUCACCACCAUCGUCGUUCAAAGCCUGGUGUUGGGCACGCUGUUCCGAAACCAGCAGCAAACUACCAAGUCCCUGUUUAUCUUUGCAUCUGCAUUGUUCUACUCUGUCUUAGUUCCGGCUCUACAAUCCAUGGCAGAAUUUGGCAACGGAUUCGCCCAAAGACCGCUGAUCCUGAAACAGAAGCGAUAUCAGAUCUCCCGCCCGAUUGCUUACGCGUUCGGUUUGAUUACCACAGAUGUGGUAUGGAAAGUGGCCGCGAUCUGCUACAACAUUCCCUUAUACUUCUUGACCGGGUUCCAACGAACGCCCGGUAACUUUUUCACUUGGUUCUUGAUCGUCUACCUGGAGCAUCUUGCUCUGUCGAUGUUCUUCCGCUCGGUGGCCAUCUUCUCCCCUAAUAUGCAUCGAGCAGUACUCCCUGUUGGAAUCUUCUUUAACAUGUAUGUUUUGUACACGGGACUCUAUGUACCUGCACCUCAGAUGCAAGUAUGGCUUGGCUGGCUGCGAUAUCUCAAUGCAAGUAUAAAACUUGUCCGAGGACCCUUGUACUAUGCAUUUGAAUCGGUCAUGGUGAACGAAUUUGGAGACCUAAGCUACCAAUGCAGCCCUUCGGAUCUGGUCCCAUCGGGGCCAGAUUAUACCACAUUAGCUCACCAAGUCUGUACAGUGGUGGGAUCUCAGCCUGGAGACCUCCUUCUACCCGGGGCGUCUUACAUCCACGCUCAGUACGGAUUUGCACAGUCACAUCUUUGGCGGAAUGUAGGAAUUAAUGCGGCUCUGUUCGUCUUUUUCGCGCUUUGCUCUGGAAUUGGAAUGGAAAUGUUGAAGACACCCGCAGGUCAAUUGGCCACCGUCUUUUACAAGAGUGGCCCUCGAGUGAGCCGCAAACAUAUCAUUGACAGCGAAACAGGACCAGUUGACGCAGUUGGAAGUUCGGAUGUACCUCCUGCGCAAAGCAGCAACGGGAAUCAGUCACAAUACGUUCAAGAUCCUGACAAGAGCCAUACACUGGCAUGGACCAAGCUUAGUCUCGACCUCAAGACAAAAGAGGGCACUCGGCUCCUCUUGAACAGUCUAAAUGGCUCUGUCAAAAGUGGGCAACUCAAGGCCCUGAUGGGAGUUUCGGGCGCGGGCAAAACCACCUUGCUGAAUGCACUUGCCGGUCGUUCCACCGUUGGAACUCUCACUGGAACCUUAGCGCUCAACGGGCAAGUUCUGCCUUCGUUUUUCCGAAGCCGAAUGGGCUACGUGCAGCAGCAGGAUAUACAUCUACCCACUCAAACUGUGCGCGAAGCAUUGCAAAUGACAGCGCGACUCCGACGCCCGGAGUCCAUCUCACUGACAGAAAAGAAUGCCUACGUCGAAAAAGUGAUCGAAUGGUUGAAUAUGGAGGAAAUUGCUGACGCAUUGGUUGGUAUCCCGGGGGCUGGUCUCAAUCUCGAACAGCGGAAGAAAGUAAGUAUUGGCGUGGAAAUGGCAUCCAAGCCAGAGAUCCUCUUUCUGGAUGAGCCAACCUCGGGUCUUGAUGGCCAGUCUGCCAUGUUGAUUGCUGGUUUGCUUCGUCGCCUGGCAGACUCUGGUCAAGCCAUUCUGUGCACUAUACAUCAACCGGCGGCUGAGCUGAUUGAGCAGUUUGAUCAGCUGUAUCUCCUUAGCCGGGGAGGAAACUUGGUUUAUGACGGGCCACUUGGAGCACGCUGUCACCAGGCAAUCGAGUAUUUCCAGCCACGUAGUCGACCCUGCGGCCCGGAAGAGAAUCCAGCAGAGUAUUUCCUGGCGGUGAUUGGAGCAGGGUCUCGCAAUGACGCCCAUAUUGAUUGGCCGAUUCUCUGGCAUGACAGACAGCAGGAUGAGGAGCGAGAAAAGACCGAGCACAGCUUGAUCCCCGCAGACCAAACACCACCGAUGGAGCAACAGUCCAUGUAUUCUACACCAUUCUAUGUCCAGCUGUGGGUCGUGGUUCAGCGAACUUGGCUCUAUUACUGGAGAGAACCGGAUUACCUCACAUCCAAGCUCUGGAUGAGUGUCGGCAAUGCCCUCCUGAAUUCUCUUACGUAUCUACAGUCUCCCAACACGGAGCGAGGGGCAUACAACAGGGUGUUUUCCGCAUUCAUGUCACUAAUCGUGGGCCCUCCACUGGGGCUGCAGGUGCAACCGCGCUUCGUGACCUUACGGGAUAUUUUCGUUCUUCGCGAGCGGGAGAGCUUGACCUACCACUGGAUGGCGUGGGUUUUAUCUGCUUUUAUCGUGGAGUUACCAUUUACAUUUCUCAGCGCACUGAUUUAUUGGCUACUUUGGUACUUCCCUGUUGGAUAUUUCUACGCCCCCGACCGCUCAGGAUACAGUUUCCUCAUGUAUGAGCUCUUUGCAGUCUUUGCCACCAGUUUGGCUCAGCUAUGUGCAUCUCUGAUGCCAAACAUUGAGGCUGCCUUUGCUGCCAACGGAUUCUUCUUCAUGUUCUGCAACACCUUUGCUGGGACACUUUCUCCAAAGCCGGUGACCCCCUCCGGUUGGAGCUGGUACUACAAGGUCUCUCCCCUUUUCUACUGGAGUGAGGGUGUUACCGUGGAUAUUUUGCAUGAUUUGCCAAUUCAGUGCAAGGGCUCAGAAGUAUCAAUUUUCUACACGGUGAAUGGAACAAGCUGUGGCCAGUAUGCCCAGGAGUUUCUCAAAACCGCCACAGGAUACCUGCUCAACCCCGAAAGCAUGAAGGAGUGUGAAUACUGUCAGUACAGCGAUGGCCAAUCAUACUACCUGCAAUAUGGCUAUGAGUUUGCUAAUCGACACCGCAACAUUGGCAUUUUCAUCGGGUUCAUCGCGUUUAAUUUUUCCAUGGUUUUGGUCAUAACCUAUCUUACCAAGAUGCGUCGUCAAUGA